AUGGAGACUCCUGGGCCAUAUCAGAAGACGACAACUGCGCCGACCCAUGCCAAAGGCGAACAUGACGGGGUGGGCUCGCCCGAUACAGCGUCGCCCGACGUUCUUCUCGGUGUGUUGGGAUACCAUGCCGAACUGACGCGCAGUCGAUCGACCUGGCAGGUCGCGUUCAUGUCAUUCGUGCUGGCCUCGGUUCCCUAUGGACUCUCGUUGACGCUGUAUUAUCCCCUGAUCGGUGGCGGCCCUGUUGCGAUCAUUUGGGGCUGGCUGGCAGUGGGCAUGAUCAUGACCUGUGUCGCCAUAUCUCUCGGAGAGAUCACUUCGGUCUUUCCAGCGGCCGGAGGCGUGUACUACCAGACAUUUAUGGUGUCGCCCCGACGGUACCGCACGGUGACGGCGUGGAUUUGUGGCUGGGCAUACACCAUGGGGGUCAUUACCAUCACCCUCUCCGUCAAUUUUGGUUCAGCUCAGUUCUUUGUCGCUUGUAUCAACAUCUUCUCCGACGCCGACGGAAACCCAGUCUGGGAGGCGAAGACGUACCAGGUCUUCCUGCUCUUUAUCGCCAUUACGGUCUUGUGCAAUACGGUAUCAUCCGUUGGAAAUCGAUGGCUGCCCAUAUUAGACACCUUUGCCGUUUUCUGGACGUUUACCGGCCUCGCGGCCAUCAUCAUCUGCUCCCUGACACUUGCAAAGAACGGACGGAAUAGCGCAAAGUACGUCUUCACCGAGUUCGAGAACAACUCCGGUUGGGUUCCGGGAUGGUCCUUUUUCAUCGGCCUGUUGCACGGUGCCUAUGUGACCUCGGCGACCGGCAUGAUCAUCUCCAUGUGCGAGGAGGUCAAACAGCCGGCGGUUCAGGUUCCCAAGGCCAUGGUGCUCACUGUCAUCCUGAACGUCGCUUGUGGCUUACUGUUCUUGAUACCCCUGGUCUUUGUGCUACCUCCGAUCGAGGAUGUGGUCGCCCAGAGCUCUCCAAUUCCGUAUAUUCUCAAGAUGGCUAUUGGCAACCAAGGGGGUGCCUUUGCGAUCACCAUCCCGUUACUGGUUCUGGCUCUGCUCUGUGGAACCGCGUGUACCACUGCGGCUUCUCGGACACUGUGGUCGUUUGCCCGAGACGACGCGAUCCCCGGUUCGCGAUGGUGGAAGAAAAUCAACCUUCGGCUCGAGGUGCCAUUCAACGCAAUGAUGAUGAGUAUGGUGAUCCAGUGCCUCUUGGGCGUCAUCAUCUUCGGCUCUACUGCAGCAUUCAAUGCCUUUAGCGGAGUGGGAGUCAUAUUUUUGAAUAUUUCCUACACGACGCCGAUUUUUGUGUCCCUCCUCAACGGUCGAAAGACUCUCAAACGAGCCCACUAUAACUUCGGUCCAUUUGGGGUUGCAUGCAACAUAAUUGCCAUCUGCUGGUGUCUCUUGAUCACGCCCAUAUAUUGCAUGCCGUCUUAUCUACCCACUACGGCAGAUACGAUGAAUUACGCGUCUGUGGUCUUCAUUGGGGGAGUGUCGGUCUCGGCAAUCUGGUAUUUCAUCUGGGGUCGUCGUAACUAUCGCGGACCUCCAGUCGGUCUGGAGGAAGCGAACGAACGGCGGGACUCGCUAGUCGUCGAAGGAAAGUAG